GCGAGCUCAUUGAAGCCACAUUGAAUUCGCUUGUAUAUUAAACCUUUCCCUUCAACAAUCCAUCCAGCUCAACAAACAAACCCACUUCAUUUUAUUCUUCUUCCAUUAGAGCCAUUUCACAAGCUUUUCACAAUACCCAUGUGGCUUUGUUAGCUUUCCUCCCCGCCUCAAUUUCUGGACAAAACAACCAAAUUAUGGAGUUUCCGCAACGGUUUUUAGCGGCGGUGCUUCUGGGUUUUUCCUUUCUCGCUUUUGUCCGGACGGAUCUGGCCUCUGAUAGGGCGGCGCUCGUCGCUUUUCGGGCGGCCAUGGGCGGCCGCCCCCGAUUAGAGUGGAAUCUCUCCGAUGUAUCUCCCUGUUCUUGGGCUGGUGUUAACUGUGACAGGAAUGGGGUUUUUGAGCUUCGGCUUCCCGCCAUGGGGCUUUCCGGUGAGCUUCCGAUGGGCCUUGGGAAUUUGACGCAGUUACAAACUCUUUCUCUAAGGUUUAAUGCUCUGUCUGGACGGAUUCCGGCGGAUUUUGCGAAUCUUCGUGGGUUGAGGAAUCUUUACUUGCAGGGGAACUUGUUUUCUGGCGAGAUUCCGCCGUUUCUGUUCGAUUUGCGGAAUUUGGUUCGGUUGAACAUGGCGGACAACAACUUUACAGGUGAAAUUUCAUAUGGGUUCAACAAUUUGUCCCGUUUGGCUACUCUGUAUUUACAGAACAAUCAGUUUACUGGAGUUGUUCCUGAGUUAAAUCUCACUCUUGAGCAAUUUAAUGUGUCGUUUAACCAAUUGAAUGGUUCGAUUCCAACGAAGCUCUCUAGUUUUCCGGCGAGUUCUUUCGAGGGGAAUUUGCUCUGUGGGGCGCCAUUGUUACUCUGUAACUCAACAACGACCGAGCCCAGUCCAAAGUCGAAGCUCUCUGGUGGGGUGAUUGCUGGAAUUGUGAUUGGUGGCUUGUUUGUUUUGGCGUUGAUUUUGGUCGUUUUGAUUCUUGUGUGUCAAAGAAAGAGUAAGGAGAAAUCGGAGUCGAAAGAGGUGGUUCGGACGGGAGGUGAGGUUGAGGUGCCGGGAGAGAAGACUACGACAGUGGAAGGGAGUAGCGAAAGAAUAAACAUAGAUCAUUUGAUUGCACCAAAAUCCUCGACAAAGGGCGGCGAAAGAGAUAAGAAAUUGGUUUUCUUUGGGAAUGUGGGAAAUGUGUUUGAUUUGGAGGACUUGUUGAGGGCAUCGGCGGAAGUCCUUGGGAAGGGGACGUUUGGGACCGCUUAUAAGGCGACACUGGAGACGGGGAUGGUGGUGGCCGUGAAGCGGUUGAAGGAGAUGACGGCAGCGGAGAAGGAAUUCAGGGAGAAGAUGGAAGAGGCAGGGAGGAUGAAGCAUGAGAAUUUGGUCCCUUUUAGAGCUUAUUAUUACAGCAGAGAGGAAAAGCUUUUGGUUUAUGAUUACAUGCCAAUGGGAAGCUUGUCUGCACUUUUACAUGGUAGUAGAGAGUCGGGAAGGACUCCUUUGAAUUGGGAAGCAAGGUGUGGCAUAGCCCUGGGAGUCGGCCGAGGGAUUCAUUAUCUUCAUUCUCAAGGCCCUACGAUCUCUCACGGCAACAUUAAGUCCUCAAACAUUCUCCUCACACGAUCAUACGAAGCAUGCGUAUCCGACUAUGGGCUUGCACAACUAGCCAUGUCCCCCUCGACUCCAAGUCGUGUUGCUGGGUAUCGAGCCCCAGAGGUUACCGAUUCUCGAAAGGUAUCACAAAAAGCAGAUGUUUAUAGCUUUGGAGUGUUGUUAUUGGAGAUGCUAACAGGAAAAUCUCCUACACAUUCUAUUUUCAACGAGGAAGCUGUGGAUCUUCCUAGAUGGGUUCAAUCUGUGGUUCAAGAGGAAUGGACAGCUGAAGUGUUUGAUGAACAACUACUUAGGUACCAAAAUGUUGAAGAGGAAAUGGUUCAACUCUUGGAACUUGCAUUGCAAUGCACAGUCCCGUAUCCCGAUAAUCGUCCUGGCAUGGAUGAGAUCGUUCGACGCAUUGAUGAACUUUGUCGAUCAACCUCGCAAAAACAGAGCGAGGGGAUUGAGAACAAUGGAAAUAAUGGUAUUUCCUCACAGUUUCAUUCACUAAGCUCACCCCAUCCACCAUCUGCAGCGUAGGGAUGAAGUAAGAUUGAAGAAUAGCAAAUCUAGAUAUAUAUACAUAUAUAUUUUCUCUUUUCAUUAUCAUUAUUGGGUUUAUUUCUUUUUGAUUUUUCAUAUAAUUCCUCUUUCAUUUUUCUCUUCUAUUAUACUUGUAAGUCUUAUACAUGUAACUUUUUCACUUAAUUUUUCUCUUUACAUGGAAAGCUUUGUAAGAGUUAUUCUUCCGUAGCAAUUCAAUACCUUUACCAACAUAGAAAAAGGAAGAUUUUCAUCA